AUGGCUCCCAAGAAGAAGGAAGUCCAGAAGCUGUCUCUGGGCGAUUUUUUGAACGACACCUCCUUCGGCGGUGGCGGAUCAUGGGCUGACGAAGUUGAGGACACCUAUGGCACCCAGCCGCUGCCCCCUUCUGACCGUCGAAUGCCCACGUCCUCAUAUGGCGCAAGCAACGAUAGGGGUUACCACUCCCUCCGUGACAAUCUUCCCCAGGAGCUCCCGAAGAAGCCUCCUUUCACCGCCCACCUCGGGAACCUGUCCUACGAUGCCACAGUCGAGACUGUCACCGAGUUUUUCGAGGACUGCAACGUAGUGAACGUUCGCAUCAUUGAGGACCGGGAGCAGAAUCGGCCUAAAGGUUUCGCAUAUGCUGAGUUUGCCGACCUUGAGGGUCUCAAGAGUGCCUUGACCCGCGAUGGACAGACAUUCCAAGGCCGGACAAUCCGCAUCAAGGUCGCCGAUCCCCCGAGGGGCGGCUUUGAGAGGACCGAGAGCCUCCGUGAACUCGAUUGGGGUUCUGCCCGCAAGGGCCCUCUGGCCGAUCUCCCUGGCCGUGGCAGUGAUCGUCGUGGUUCCGACUUUGGUGAGCGAAGGCGCGAGUUCCAGCCGAGCGAUGACGGGAAGGUUCGGGAUUUUGGUAACUGGGAGAGGCGUGGCCCACUGUCUCCGCUGCCCCAGAACGAACGGCCUGUGUCUCGCGAAGGAUCCCGUUCUCGUACCAUGGAUACGCGCUCCGAGUCCUUCCGUGGUAACCGGAGAGACGCUCCUGCUGCCGCUUGGGGCCCGGGUGAAGGCCGUCAGGACGGUUCCCGUCCGCCUCGUCGCGAGUUCGCCGACCGUCCGGAGCGUCCUGAGCGUGUGCCUACUGCCGCCGAGAAGGACUUCAACUGGCGUAAUAACAUGCGUCCCGUUUCCGACGUCAAGUCACCUGGCCAGUCUCGUGAGGGCAGCGAGGCACCUCCUUCGCCAGCUCCGGCCGCUGCUCCCCCUGCUGCUCGGCCGAAGCUGAAUUUGGCCAAGCGGACAGUCUCUGAGGCAACUGAGACUGCUGCUGCACCUACCCCUUCCGACUCCAAGGCCAGCCCGUUCGGUGCGGCACGCCCCAUCGAUACCACUGCCCGGGAACGUGAGGUUGAGGAGAGGCGGAAGAGGGAAAAGGCGGAGGCUGAGGAGAAGGCAAAGCAGGAAAAGCUUGCCAAAGAAGCGGCCGCUAAAGACGCGGCUGAGAAGGCUGCAGCUGAGGCGGCAGCCAAAGCCAAAGAAGAAGAGAUAGCCGCAGACGAGGCAAAGGCGGCUCCCAAGGAGGCCACAGCAAAGGAGGGCGGUGCCAAGGAGGGCGCUGUGAACGAGGUCACGAAUGAGCAGAAGGUCCCCAUCCGAAGCCGUGAGCCACGGGAAGCCCCCAAGUCGCGGGCUGUCGAAAGCGGCAACUGGCGAUCGGCAUCAGGCGAGCAGCGUGCUCCGUCGCGGGGUGGCCAUAUCCCCAGCGGUCCCCGCCGUGGCGGCCCCCCGCGCGGUCCUCGUGAGAACACCCGACCUCCUCGUUCAAACGGUCAUGGCCCCGCCUCGCAGUCGCAACCACAGUCACCCUCCACCGAGCAGGCGCCGCCGACCCCGACUGUUGAUGAGGAUGGCUGGACCACCGUCGUCGUUCCAAGCAAGGGCCGGCGGGGACAGAGCAAUCGCCCCUGA